CUUGUAUUAAUCGCGCAGCUCUUGGUGAUCCUCAUUCUCUUGGCCGCCUCUUGCUCGGCCGGCGCAAGCUUUUCGCCAGAACAAUCAGCAACCCCGCCGCCCGUCACCGUUGCGGCCUGCGCCGCCUCACAUGAUCCUCCAUCAUGCCAACGUGCGUUGACCGAAUCCGGACUCUGGAUACCGGAGGACGCAAACAGCCUCCAUGUUAUUCAUGCCGUUUUAAACAUCACUUUCCGGCAUCUCGACACCGCCGAAUCGAUGGUGGGCGCCAUCCUCUCCGGCUCCUCGUCGAAUAGUAACCUCACGACGGCAGCUAGGAUUUGCGUUGAGGUACUCAGAUUGUCGAGGUACCGGCUCGCGUUGACGGAUCACGACGGAUUACGCGGCCGUAAAAUAAAGGACGGCCGUGCAUGGCUGAGCGCCGCCCUAGGCUACCAGUACGACAGCUGGUCCGCCUUGAAAAAAGUCAACGACACGGCGGUGGUGGUCAAUACCAUGGCAUUGAUCAACGACACCAUAAUGGGGUUGACCAGAACCGCCCUAAGCAUGCUGGGUAAUUACGACGUGCAUGGGGACGACGUGGCAUCGUGGGGCCCCAUCAAGACAGAGAGGGACGGGUACUGGGACCCAGUGGAUGGAUCUGGGUCUGAUUUUGACUUUCAAAACGGCGGAGUUCCCAAGGGCCUGAAGCCGAACGUGACGGUUUGCAAGACCGGCCGCGGCGGCGGAUGCGAUUACGCGACGGUUCAUGCGGCAGUUUACGCCGCGCCGGAUAUGAACGCCGGGCAGCGUUUUGUGAUAUGAAUAAAGGCCGGAAUGUACAAGGAGAAGGUAAGGGUAUCGAUGAAAAAGCUGAACGUCGUCUUCUUAGGUGAAGGCAUGGGCAAAACUAUCAUUACAGGGUCCCUUAAUGUGGGUCAACCCGGAAUGACGACCUACCAGUCCGCCACCGUCGGUGUUCUUGGUGACGGAUUCAUGGCCAGCAAUAUCACGUUUGAGAACACUGGAAUUGGGUCUCAGGCGGUUGCGUUCCGCUCCGACGGCGAUCGGACAGUGGUGGAAACCUGCGAAUUCAGGGGAAACCAAGACACCCUGUACGCUAAAUCGAUGCGGCAAUACUAUAAAUCAUGUCGCAUCCAAGGAAACAUUGAUUUCAUAUUCGGUAACUCGGCGGCAUUCUUCCAGGACUGCGACAUCUUAAUCGCUCCGAGACCAAGUGAGCCGGAGAAGGGCGGGAUUAACAUCAUCACGGCCCACGGAAGGAUUGACCCAGCCCAGACAACAGGUUGUUCAGUAAAUUCAUUAUCAGAACAAAGAGAAAAUUCCAAAAUUAUAAGAAAAUAACACUACACCCGUCCAGGGCCGGAUCUAGCAUUGUCGUUGAGGGUGGGCCAAAAUUUAAUUAAAUAGUGUAUAUUACAAAAAAUGUCAAAAUGUAGUAAAGUACUAUGAAUUUAACUAAUUAAGUUUAUUUUCAGGUAUAAAAUAACAUAUGUUGCAACAAAA